CAACAUGUGCUUCUCAACGAUGCAGGCUUGUACAGCCUGUCAUACCUCGAUCGCAACCAAACCGGCUUGGCAUCAGGGAUUGCGGCUCGGACUUUCAGCUCUCGCACCCUCACCACUCGUUUCACCUUGUGUGCAAGUCAAGAUAUGAUGACUCCGUUGAAUCGACCUUGGUCAUUUCACCAUGCACGACAAAGUGAGGGAAGCGACAACACGAAUGAUGGUCAUUUGUCUCGGAGAGGAAAUUGCUUGACCUCCGGACCUGCGGCAAGCCGAGGUGACAAUCCCCGUCAUCGCCAGAAUAUUAAGCCCCCAGUUGACCGCGCUCUCCCUCUGUCAUAA